AUGCCGCGCAUCGUGGAGCAGCCGCCAGAUCUGCUGGUGUCCCGGGGCGAGCCGGCCACGCUGCCCUGCCGCGCCGAGGGCCGGCCCCGGCCCAACAUCGAGUGGUACAAGAACGGGGCGCGGGUGGCCACUGCGCGCGAGGACCCGCGCGCGCACCGCCUGCUGCUGCCCAGCGGCGCCCUCUUCUUCCCCCGCAUCGUGCACGGGCGCCGCGCGCGCCCCGACGAGGGUGUCUACACUUGCGUGGCGCGCAACUACCUGGGGGCAGCGGCCAGCAGAAAUGCCUCGCUGGAAGUGGCGGUCCUCCGUGAUGAUUUCCGGCAGUCUCCUGGAAACGUGGUGGUGGCAGUGGGCGAGCCAGCGGUGAUGGAAUGCGUUCCCCCCCGUGGCCACCCGGAGCCUUCCGUGUCCUGGAAGAAGGACAGUGCAAGACUCAGAGAGGAGGAGGGAAGGAUCACGAUUCGUGGAGGGAAGCUGAUGAUGUCACAUACACUCAAGAGUGAUGCGGGGAUGUAUGUGUGCGUGGCCUCCAACAUGGCAGGAGAACGGGAGAGUGGGGCAGCUGAACUUGUGGUACUGGAGCGACCCUCAUUCCUGCGUAGACCAGUCAACCAGGUGGUCCUGGCAGAUGCCCCCGUGGAUUUCCCAUGUGAGGUGCAGGGAGAUCCCCCACCCCGUCUACGCUGGCGCAAGGAGGAUGGGGAACUGCCCACCGGCAGGUGAGAAUCCCCUUCCUCCUGCCUGUAAGGAGACCCAACCAGCUCAAGAGCAUACCCUGCCCUCUAAAACUGGACGGCAGGGAUCCCUGGGUGGCGCAGCGGUUUAGCGCCUGCCUUUGGCCCAGGGCGUGAUCCUGGAGACCCGGGAUC